AUGGUUUCUCCUAACAUCCAAGAGUUGGGUUUGAGUGAUAAGUUGCUGGAGCAUUAUAUGAAGGAGGUGGGUGAGAUGGCCGUGGGUAUUUUGGAUGGCAAGCCUUUCGACUCACCCAUCCAUAUGGGCAUACUCCUGACUUGUAUGUUUGCCCCACCCAGGUGGGUGGCUCAGGCGGACCUCAGGAACGAUCUGAGUCAUGGAUACUUAGAAAUUCUUGGCCAUGGGAACCUGGUUCCUCCCCGGCCUCCGCCCACUGCGCGAACCGCUCCGACUCCUGGACCCACUCCAGGGACCGGACAUCGGUGCAUUCCGGGCAUAGAGCAAGGGAUUACGAUGGACAACAAGGAGGAGUUUUGUAAGAACGGCGGCAUGCAGCUCAUGUACGAGCGCUUGUCCGCAGGCACAAAGAAGACCUAUGAGUCCUCCUUAAAGAAGUGGCACUUAUGGCGCACCGACGACGAGGCUGAGGAAAACGAUCUUAUGGAAUUUGUCUACUGGGCUGGCAUAGGCCAUGGAUACAAGCAUUCCACCCUUCAUGUGUGUCUAUAUGCACUCAGGUUUGCACAUCUGGUCGCAGAUGGCAGGGAUAUUCUCAAGGACAAGUUGCGACUUAAGAUGGCCAUGGCUGGCUUGAAGCGUCGACAGAAGUCCCCCAAGCGCAAGCAUCCGGUGACAGUGGCACAUAUUAAGCAGAUCCAACUGGGGUUGGACACUGGGCUGUGGGAUGACUUGCUGUUACUCACCGCGGUGUCUUUCGGUUUCUCCUUUUUGCUGCGUGCCUGUGAAUACCUGUCAAAGGAUGGUGUGGUCCACGAGGACAAGGUCCUCCGCAUGGAGCAUCUCCACAUCUUCCAGGCAGGCCACAAGUUGGGGUGGGAACAAAUUAUGGCAGCGGACGAGUUGGUCAUCCACAUCCCAGGCUCCAAAACAGACAUCUACAACGACGGUUACAAGCUCAAUAUCAAACUGCGAGCAGGUGACACGCCGUCUGACAUCAACCCGUUAUGCCUCCUUAGGCAGCUGUACACAAUGAACCCAGCCCGCUUCGGAGCCAACGGGUCCAAGCGGCCCGUGUUCUGCUUAGCCUGCGGUAGGGUCCUGGAGCGUAGCACAGUUAACACAGCGCUCAAAGCAGCGGCGGUGGCUCUGGGUUUGGACCCUGCUGAUCACGCCACCCAUUCGCUGCGGGCUGGUGGAGCUACAGCCUUGUAUGCCAUCGGGUGGCCUCCUUCAAAGAUCCAGCGUCGAGGGCGGUGGCUGUCUGAUUGGAGGAGGCAACAGGUCUCAUGGAAGACGUGGUCUCCAGUCCGGCCCCCUUGUUCCAUAUUAAAAAAAAAAAAAAAAAAAAAAAUUACCUUCCUCAUUAUGUUGCAGAAGUAUGGCUGA